GGCAGAAAGGGGCUAAGGAGACACUCCUGCCCCCUUGCAAUUCCCUCCUGCUCUCAUCCUGGGGAAGCAUCACAGCUCACAGAGCUGCCAUGCCAGGGAAGCCCAGACCCACAUCAACCACUGGCCAGUCCAUCAUGGGCAAACUCCACUGCUCUGUGGCCACUUGAUGCUGCCCAGCCAGGCUCCCCUGGCAACAGGGCUGCACUGGCCCCUCACCGGGCCAGCAACUUCCUGGCUCCGGGCUUCCUGCUUUUCUUUAGAGGAGUGGUGCUGCAGCCACAGGAAGGUCACAGCACUGAACAGCCGGGGGCCCCUGGAGGGGACAGUCUCUGUGUGGAACAGCCAGCACAGUCUCUCUGUGCCUGUGGAACCACCAUGGCUGAGCUCGGGGGGGCUGGCCUUCACAGAGCUAGUGUGUAUGGCCAAAGAGAUGCUUCAGUGACGGGCCCCCACGUGCCACAGCCCCUCGCAUCACAGAGGUGGCAAUUUCGAGCCCUGUUGUGGCUUUCCUUUCCCUGCCCCCAUGGCAGUGUGCCAGGCUUUGUGAAGUGGGGCAGGCAGCUGCCGGUGCCAAGCAGUGCUGGGCAAAGGCUCCAAGCAAGGAGAACCUUUUCCUUGGCCUGGAUUUACCCAGUAUUGGUUUGGUGGACAGAGCACCUGGUGGUUCGUAAAGAUCUGGCUUGUGAUGUGUCAGGGGUUGGGUUCUGACUGAACUCCUUGCCUCAUCCUAGAGGGGAUGGGGGGAGCUCUUGUCCCUCAGUGGGGCCAGGGCUGUGGAGGGCAGCUCAGUCGGGCUGGCCCAAGUUCCUGCUGCAUGCAAGUCGAGGACAGGGCAACAGGGGAGACCUGCCCCUGAGCCCCCUGAUCCACAGGUGGGAGUUUCACCCAGCCCCCCGAGGCUGAAGGGACCAACUUUGCCCCCGGCACGUUCUUGCCGCCCGCUCCCGCUGCUAGCUCCGCCUGUGACCUUGAUUUUUCUGCUCCAGAUAAGCGCUGCGUCCCCACCCCUUGCCGGGAGCCCCUCCUGCGCUGCGCCCCAGCCCCAGCGCAGCCCGCGCCGCGGGCAGAGCCUGCCCCGCCGCCUGUGAGUCAGCACAGCUCUUCCGAUCAGCUGCAGCCCCUUCAUCUCUUCUCCCGGGAGGAGCAGCUGGGAUGCGGGAAGCAGCAGCGAUUAGCUGCAGCCUCUCCCACAGGCUCCCCACCACGGCUGGGGGUUUGUGCUGAGCCCUACCUUGCCCAGCGCACUGCCUACCUGUAUCCUGCUCCUGGCCGUCCUCUCUCCCAGCAGCCCUCCAGGCAAGAUCUGUGCUCUCAAAGGACUGCAUGUCCACGUAUUCCAGGAAGGUGCGAGCACCGGUGUCAUCUCAGCAUCGCUGCUCCCCACAGCAGAGCCCAGCAAGCCAACAGCAGCUGCUCGCCGCUGGCACGUGGGUUGCGUGGUGCUGGCUGCCACAGAAGGACCUUGUUCCCUCCUGGACAGUACUUGGAGCAGGGCUGGGAUGGGCUUGGAUGUGCUCUGUGUCUGCCUCAUCUCCGGGCUUUAAAUAUUCAUGGUUUUGAUUUUCUCUUAGCGGGCAGCGGCACAGGAGCUGAAGUGAGCUGUGGGGAGGAGGGUGGCUGUGCUGAGCCCAGCAGCAGGGCAGAGGGAGCUGGAGCUGGUCCUGGAUGAAGACAAUGGCUUUUGUUGCUGGCCGGUGUUGAAGUGGCAAGGGGCUUGAGGACCUUCAGGCUGGGCCCAGAGCAUUCUGAGCUCCCCUCCCUGUGCUAGCAGCUUGCCAGGGUGUCAUCGCAGCCCCAUUUCCUCCCUGCUGUAGCGCGUUGCUCUCAGUCUGAAGGGAUCUGCACAUCCUUGCUGCCGCCGAUCACGAUUGACCAGCUGUGCCUGCACAGUGCCAGGCAGCCCCUGGACCUGCUGCCAGCCAUGUCGGGCUGGCGUGGACCUAGCGCAGAAUUCGGCCGAGGCUUCUGCUUGGGGGCAGCUUCCUGGUGGCUGCAGGCACUUGGACUCUCUGCGGGGCCUCUGUGAGGCCCAGCUGGCUGCAUCCGCCCUACUGCCACUCAGGACAGGGUGGCUGUGGCCCUUCUCACCUGUCUCCAGCAUGGAUCUCCUGCAAAAGAGCAAAUACAGCCACCUGCGGAAUGAGUCUGUCUCCUCUCCGGAGGAGGCCGUGGCGGGCCUGGGAGUCCUGCCCUCCCCAGUGGAGUCCCUUGCAAGCAUGCAGUCUCUGCCUGGUUCCCUGUCCUCCUCCCUCAGCCACACUGCACCUCUCGGAGAGCUCUCACCUGAGUUGGAGGAGAGCCCUACCACCCUCUGCUCGUUCUUCCCCAAAAUGGCCAACCUGAAGCUCUCCAAUCCCGCCAACUUGAUCAGCUUGCGGGGCUCUGCAUCCAGCAGCAGCCCAGGGGAGCCUGGUCCCCCUGGGGUGCCAGCACUAGUGCCAGGGGGUGGUGCGAGCCCCGGCUCAGGGAGACCUGUUGCUGUCUGUUCCCAGGAUAUGAACAAGCUGAGCUGUGGGAAGAAGACACGGGUGGAAGGUGGCCAGCUGGGGGGUGAUGAGUGGACCCGCCAUGGCAGCUUUGUCAAUAAGCCCACCCGUGGCUGGCUGCAUCCAGAUGACAAGGUCAUGGGCUCUGGGGUCUCCUACCAUGUCCGGUACAUGGGCUGUGUGGAAGUGCUCCAGUCCAUGAGGGCUCUGGAUUUCAACACCAGGACACAGGUGACCAGGGAGGCCAUUGGGCUGGUAUGUGAGGCUGUGCCUGGUGCCAAGGGAGCUGUGAGGAGGAGGAAGCCCUGCAGCCGCUCCCUGAACUCCAUCCUGGGCAAGAGCAACCUGAAGUUUGCAGGCAUGCCCAUCACCCUGACCAUCUCCACCAGCAGCCUCAACCUCAUGGCCUCAGACUGCAAGCAGAUCAUCGCCAACCACCACAUGCAGUCUAUUUCCUUUGCAUCAGGGGGAGACCCGGACACAGCUGAAUAUGUUGCCUAUGUUGCCAAAGACCCCGUCAAUCAGAGAGCCUGCCAUAUCCUGGAGUGUCCUGAAGGCUUGGCACAGGAUGUGAUCAGCACCAUCGGGCAGGCCUUUGAGCUGCGCUUCAAGCAGUACCUGAAGAACCCUCCAAAGCUGGUGACCCCCCACGACAGGAUGGCAGGGUUUGAUGGCUCUGCCUGGGAUGAAGAAGAGGAGGAACCAGCCCCAGAUCACCAGUACUACAACGACUUCCCUGGCAAGGAACCUCCCAUUGGGGGGGUCGUGGACAUGCGGCUGCAGGAUGGGGCUGCUCAGACCCCAAAUCACUUGGGUGCCACACUGGGUAUGGGGAGCAGGAAGGGGGAUGAGCAGGAAAAGGGGAUGGGGGCUCAUCACUGCCUCUCCCUGCAGCCUGUUGGCCAAUCCAGUGGGGAGUAUGACCCCCAGAAGCAGCAUGCUCCUGCCCAAGCAGGGAGAGAGAAGUACCCAGCGUCAGCAGGCACGUCUGGGCGCACCGACCUCUUUGAUGACCCGUCCUAUGUCAACGUGCAGAACAUAGACAAGACACGCCAAGCUCCAGCUGCCAGCACCCCUGCCACAGCCAAUGGCAGCACACAGAGAGACCUCUUUGACAUGAGGACAAAGGAUCGUUUUGUCACUCCAUCAACAAGAGGCACAUUCCUAUACUGCUCCUCUGUCCUUGCAGAGCCCUUUGAAGAUGCCCUGCGUGUGCCCCCAUCUGUGCCUGUGGGGCUGCCCCCUGCCCAGGUGGUGGCCUCCAUGGAGGAGCAGCUGAGACGGGAGCCCUGGUACCAUGGCAAAAUGAGCCGCAAGGAGGCUGAGAAGCUGCUGAAGGUGAACGGGGACUUCCUGGUGAGGGAGAGCACCACCACCCCGGGCCAGUAUGUGCUGACUGGCUUGCAGGGUGGGCAGCCCAAGCAUCUGCUGCUCGUCGAUCCCGAGGGAGUGGUGCGGACAAAAGACCAUCGCUUUGAGAGCGUCAGCCACCUCAUCAGCUACCACAUGGACAAUCACCUGCCCAUUAUCUCGGCCGGCAGUGAGAUGUGCCUGCAGCAACCCGUGGAGAGGAGACUGUGAGCGCCCGGGGACCCCAGUGCACGGCACCCCCCAGUACGCAGCCCUCCGGCUGUGUUCAUGCCCCAGGGAGCCCUCAGACUCUUCAUGUGUUCCACCCGGGACUGAGCAUGGACUUGCCUGAGGACAGGGCCUCUCUCCUUUCACCACGUGGAGCUGGUGGCCAUGGGGGGCUCAGGCUGUGAGUGCCUGCAGGGCAGGGAACUGUUCUUGUAAAGCCCAUGCCCCUCCAGCUCCAGCCUUUGCAGAGCAGCUCAGCUCCUACCAAAACCCAGCCCUGCUGCUGUGCCACAGCCAUUCUUGUGCUCACCAGCACGGGCUCAUGACUGGCAGGACUGAGCCCCGCUGAGCCAGAGGCAGCCUGUCCUUAUCUCUGGCCCCUGGGCCAAGGAGGGGGCCCACGGGGGGCUCCGCUCCCCCCAAACACGAGGCCCUCAACUGUACCGGAUCACUUUACGUGUUAACUCUGUGCCUUGACCCCGCAGGUCCCACACUCUUAUGCAAGGGCAGGGGCUGGUUACAGAGCCUCCCCCGUGUUCCCAGCACCCUGUACACCCUCCGUGACAUGCUUGUGCUCCAGGACACGUGCCACAACGUCCCCUUCCUCCCUGCCCGUCCCGGCUGGGCAAGGGCAGCUCUGGCAACCCCGGGAGGUUGGUGGGAGGACCCUCCUGCAUGCACAGUGUAACUCCCCCGAGCCAAAGCGCAGACCCGCCCCUCGCAGCCCCAGGCCCCUGCCCCGCUAUACCAAAGGAACUGGCGGUUGUAUUAAAGUUGGUAUUUCUCUA